UGGUGCGGUAGUUGUGGCCACGUGGCGCAGGCGCAGUGAAGGUUCGGGUCCCUGCCCCGCUUCUCCAUUCUUUAUUCAUUUGGGUUCCCUGGGGCAUCACGACUACCUUGCUUUCCGUUCUCUGAGCCUCCGUCUGUUCCCUUCUUGCCUCUUCGUCGCCCCCGUAGCUUCUGACGAUGUCUCAGGAGGUAGCCGUCGACGCCUCAGGGAAAAUGAGUGAGGAGGAGAAGCCGUUAGGUGGAGGUGAAGAAAAGCAAAAAGAAGGAAAAAAGAAAAAUAAAGAAGGAUCUACUGAUGGAGGUCGAACAGAGUUGAAUCCUUGGCCUGAAUAUAUCAACAAACGUCUUGAGAUGUACGAUAAACUUAAAGCAGAACAUGAUGCCAUUAUGUUAGAGAAAGCUUUGAAAGAUAGUCAGCCAAUUAAAGUCAUCUUACCUGAUGGUAAACAAGUUGAUGCUGAAUCCUGGAAGACUACUCCAUACCAAGUGGCUUGUGGAAUUAGUCAAGGCCUAGCUGAUAACACAGUAGUCGCCAAAGUAAACAAGGUUGUGUGGGAUCUAGACCGCCCCCUGGAGGAAGACUGUACGUUGGAGCUUCUUAAAUUUGAGGAUGAAGAAGCUCAGGCAGUAUACUGGCACUCGAGUGCUCAUAUAAUGGGUGAAGCCAUGGAGAGAGUCUAUGGUGGAUGCUUGUGCUAUGGUCCACCAAUAGAAAAUGGCUUUUAUUAUGAUAUGUACCUUGAGAAUGGAGGCGUGUCUAGCAAUGAUUUCUCUGCUUUGGAGGCUUUAUGUAAGAAAAUCAUUAAAGAGAAACAGUUAUUUGAAAGACUGGAAGUUAAGAAAGAAACCUUGCUUGAAAUGUUUAAGUACAAUAAAUUCAAGUGUCGGAUCUUGAAUGAAAAAGUGAAUACUCCGACUACUACAGUCUACAGGUGUGGUCCCUUAAUAGAUCUAUGCAGAGGUCCUCAUGUACGACAUACUGGCAAGAUUAAGACUUUGAAAAUUCACAAGAAUUCAUCUACAUAUUGGGAAGGUAAAGCUGAUAUGGAAACUCUUUAUAGAGUUUAUGGCAUUUCAUUCCCAGACCCUAAAAUGUUGAAAGAGUGGGAGAAAUUCCAAGAGGAAGCAAAAAAUAGAGAUCACAGAAAGAUUGGCCGGGAUCAGGAACUCUAUUUCUUCCAUGAACUCAGUCCUGGAAGUUGCUUUUUCCUGCCAAAAGGAGCCUACAUCUAUAAUACACUUGUUGAAUUCAUUAGGAGUCUGUAUAGGAAAAGGGGGUUCCAAGAGGUCGUCACCCCAAAUAUCUAUAAUAGCAAACUCUGGAUGACUUCAGGACACUGGCAGCACUACAGUGAAAAUAUGUUCUCUUUUGAAGUUGAGAAGGAGAUAUUUGCUCUGAAGCCCAUGAACUGCCCAGGACACUGUCUUUUAUUUGAUCACCGGCCCAGAUCCUGGAGGGAGUUACCCCUGCGAAUAGCUGACUUUGGGGUACUUCAUCGAAAUGAGCUGUCAGGAGCUCUCACAGGGCUCACAAGAGUACGGCGAUUCCAGCAGGAUGAUGCUCACAUAUUCUGUACCAUGGAGCAGAUCGAAGAGGAGAUAAAGAAUUGUUUGGACUUCUUGAGGACUGUGUAUGAUGUGUUUGGAUUUUCCUUUAAAUUAAACCUUUCAACUCGCCCAGAAAAGUUCCUUGGAGAUAUUGAAGUAUGGAAUCAAGCUGAAAAGCAACUUGAGAGCAGCCUUAAUGAAUUUGGUGAGAAAUGGGAGUUAAACCCCGGGGAUGGAGCAUUCUAUGGACCAAAGAUUGACAUUGAGAUUAAAGAUGCUAUUGGUCGAUACCACCAGUGUGCAACAAUUCAACUAGAUUUUCAACUGCCAGUGAGAUUUAAUCUUACAUAUGUAAGUCAUGAUGGUGAUGAUAAAAAAAGGCCAGUAAUUAUUCAUAGAGCCAUUUUAGGAUCUGUGGAAAGAAUGAUUGCUAUCUUAACUGAGAACUAUGGAGGCAAAUGGCCUCUUUGGCUAUCUCCUCGGCAGGUAAUGGUGGUGCCAGUGGGACCAACAUGUGAUGAAUAUGCCCAAAAGGUACGACAACAGUUCCAUGAUGCUAAAUUUAUGACUGACAUUGAUUUGGAUCCAGGCUGUACAUUGAACAAGAAGAUCAGAAAUGCACAGCUAGCACAAUAUAACUUCAUUCUAGUUGUUGGUGAAAAAGAGAAAACCAGUGGGACCGUGAAUAUCCGUACAAGAGAUAACAAGGUGCAUGGAGAACACACAGUCUCUGAAACAAUCGAGAGGUUGCAGCAGCUGAAGCAGUCUCAAAGCAAGCAUGCUGAAGAAGAAUUUUAACAAAGGCUUCCUCUCUUCCCUACCCCAGCACUACCCCUACACUGGUUCAGUGUAAAAAGAACAGCAGGUUUUUUGUUUUUCUAAAUGACAUUAAAUUUGUACAGGUGUAUAACCUCAGUUUUUACUGGCUGUAGAAGGAAUGUCUUGGUACUACCUGCUUAGGAUUUUAGAUGACUUUUUAGAGUGAGCCUCCUUUAACCUCUGUUUUUGCCAUUUUUAGACACUGAAUAAAUAUACUUGAAACAUUUAAUAGAGCAGACAGACUGAAAACUGACUAGAUUUCCUAAAUAUCUGAUCACUGAGAAUAAAAUGAGAAAUGUUUCAAAGUGAUAUGGGAAAAUAUAAGAUGUGAAAAUUUAUUUUUUCCAUUUAAAUUCAUAUUUAAAAAUUAUGUGGGGUAAGAUUAGUGGUAGAAAAUUAAAGAAAUAAUGAAAAGAGUUUGUUAUGUAUCAUAUCAAAUGCAAAGUCCUUAAACAACAACCAAAAAAAUAAUCAGGAAAAUAGAUGUAUAAAUGAUUUCAUUCAAUAUUAAAAUGUAUUGUUUCAAAAUAAGUUUGUUACUGUGGUGAAACAGAGGAGCAUAA